GAGCUUCUCUUUUCUCACUCUCUCUCUCACCCUCACACACAAUCUUCUCUCUCUAACUCUCGCAGCAUUUGGAGCUGACAAUCAGUCACAAGGAAGAGAUCUCCGGAAUGGAAGUAAGGAAUGAUCCAGAGUGACGCCAUUCUCGGACCCCUUUGAACUCCAUCACAGAAGCCUCGUUGCAGCUGGUGACUGUUCUUGUCCGACAUUUGAAAGAACUCGUGAAUGGAGCCCGAUGUUUCCCUCACUGUUCAUGCUUGGUCAUGUGGUUGUCGGUCGAGUGUACUUGCUUUGUUAACUUGGAUCGAAAGCCCAGCGAGCUGCCGAAGCUGUGCGUUUUAGCUCAUUCGAUGGUCUCUGCCUCCUUUCAUUCUUGUCCCCAUCCCAUUCGGUAGUGUCUACCGGUCUGCCCUGCCGAAAAACGCCGAGAAUGUCCCUUUCCUAGCUGCGCAUUCCUCCGGGCUGUGAUGCUUCGCUGAGUGGCCUUUUAAUUGCAGUGUUGCAUCAAUGAAUGCCUGUUCUUGAGGAGAAGGGUCUGCUUUGUUUAGUCGGUCAGGUAAAUCACAAAGGGAAAAUUGGCGAGAAAGUUCUAAGAAAUUGUUCUGUCGUUCAUUUUCGAGGGAAAUUUGCAUUUUCUUUUUUUUGGUUGAUUUAUGGUUUCUGAGUGGUGAUAGUGAUGCUAUUGUCCAUUGGGUUUCUGCUAUUGAGAAAAAGGCAGUAGUUUGCCUGGUUAGUAAAGUUUUCAUGCAAAUUGAGAGGGACAGGAAAGGGGAAAUUUAUCCGAAGUACCCUUUUGUGUGGCCUUACCAUUUUUUAUGCUUCCGGGUCUCAUGGAGUUGUUAUUGCAAUAUUGUUGAAUGAGGUGUCUGUUAUUGGGGUUGUUAAGUGAUUUAUCUGAAAGUGGAAAGGGUAGAUGAUGAGGGAAGUUCUUGGAGAUUGAUUUUUUGAUUCGCGAAAGAUGACUAGGCGAAAGAUACAUUGGAGCAAACUCUAUUCAUUCUCUUGCAUCCCUCAUCGGAGAGAACCGAGGCACGACCAAGUCGGGCAGAGAGGGUACUCUCGGGUAGUGCACUGUAACGAUCCCGAUAACCCUGAAGCUGUCCAGUUAAACUACAGGGGAAAUUAUGUGUCCACCACGAAGUAUACGGCUACUAAUUUCAUCCCCAAGUCCCUGUUCGAGCAGUUCAGGAGGGUUGCAAACGUAUAUUUUCUGGUCGUGGCUUGCGUCUCCUUUAGCCCUUUGGCUCCUUACACUGCUCUCAGUGUUCUUGCACCUUUGAUUGUUGUGAUUGGAGCUACAAUGGCAAAGGAAGCUGUGGAGGACUGGAGAAGAAGAAAGCAGGACAUAGAGUCGAACAACAGGGAGGCUGAAGUGUAUGGUAAAGACCACUGUUUCCAUGAGACGAGGUGGAAGAAACUCCAUGUAGGGGAUCUUGUGAGGGUUCACAAGGACGAGUAUUUUCCUGCUGAUCUAUUUUUAAUUUCCUCAAGCUAUGAGGAUGGAAUCUGUUAUGUUGAGACGAUGAACCUUGAUGGAGAGAUGAACUUGAAGCUAAAGCAAUCAUUGGAGGUCACGUCCUCUAUUUGUGAUGAGAGCUCUCUAAAAGAGUUUAAGGCUGUGAUCCGGUGUGAGGACCCAAAUGAGAAUUUAUAUUCUUUUGUCGGAAAUCUGCAUUAUGGUGGAAAAGAGUACUCUCUCUCUCUGAAGCAGAUUCUAUUACGAGAUUCAAAGCUCAAGAACACUGACUAUAUCCAUGGAGUGGUUGUUUUCACAGGGCAUGAUACUAAAGUGAUGCAGAAUUCCACAGACCCACCAUCCAAGAGGAGCAAGAUUGAGAGGAGGAUGGAUAAGAUAAUCUACAUCCUGUUUACCACACUAAUUACAAUAUCUUUUGUGGGUUCCUUCUUUUUCGGGAUAGAGACUAGGAAAGAUUUGUCAGAUGGGAAGUACAGGAGAUGGUACCUUCGCCCGGACGAUACUACGGUGUUCUAUGACCCUGGGAGGGCCCCAUUAGCAGCCUUUUUCCACUUCCUCACGGGGCUCAUGCUUUAUGGUUAUCUGAUCCCAAUAUCCUUAUAUGUUUCGAUCGAGAUUGUGAAGGUUCUGCAAAGCAUAUUCAUAAAUCAAGACAUGGACAUGUAUCAUGCAGAGACAGACAGGCCAGCACGUGCUCGAACUUCUAAUUUAAAUGAGGAACUUGGUCAAAUUGACACUAUCCUUUCUGACAAAACUGGGACACUGACUUGCAACUCCAUGGAGUUUGUCAAGUGUUCUAUUGCCGGUGUUGCAUAUGGCCGCGGAGAGACACAGGUGGAGAGGGAAAUUGCAGGGAGAAAGAAGGAGCCUGCCGCUGAGUCCAGCGAAAUCUCAUCUGGUGAAAGCAGUGAUGAUAAAGAUGUUGAUACCAGUUAUCCUUCUGGGAGGCACAUUAAGGGCUUCAACUUCCAUGAUAAACGAAUCAUGAACGGGCGGUGGGUCAAUGAGCCGAACCAUGAUGUCAUACAGAAGUUCUUUUGGGUACUGGCAAUAUGCCACACGGUGAUUCCUGACGUGGACCAGGAGUCGGGCGAGAUACACUAUGAAGCUGAAUCCCCUGAUGAAGCGUCUUUUGUGAUCGCAGCGAGAGAGCUCGGGUUUGAGUUUUUCGAGAGGAAGCAGACUACCAUAUCAUUGCAUGAGUUAGAUUUCGAGAGUGGCACAAAAGUUGACAGAAACUAUGAACUUCUUCAUAUUCUUGAGUUCAGCGGCUCGCGUAAAAGAAUGUCGGUCAUCGUUAGGAGCGAAGAAGGUCGAUUGCUGCUCCUUUCCAAGGGUGCAGACAGUGUAAUGUUGGAGAGGCUUUCAAAGGAGGGCAGAAGUUUCUUGGCCGAGACUAGGGAUCACAUCAACAAGUAUUCUGAAGCGGGCCUUCGAACUCUUGUUAUUGCAUACCGUGAGCUUGGGGAAGAUGAGUAUAGGAUAUGGGAGGACGAGUUUGUAAAGGCCAAAACCGCAGUGUCCGCAGACCGAGAUGCUCUGAUUGAUGCAGCCGCAGACAAGAUCGAGAGGGACUUGAACCUUCUUGGCGCUACAGCUGUUGAGGACAAGCUGCAGGAGGGGGUGCCUGAAUGUAUGGAAAAACUUUCAGAGGGCGGGAUUAAGAUAUGGGUGUUGACUGGGGACAAGUUGGAAACCGCUGUUAAUAUUGGCUAUGCCUGUAAAUUAUUACGAAAAGGAAUGAGACUGAUCACAAUCACUCUAGACUCACCGGAGAUUGAAGCUCUUGAGAAACAGGGGGAUAGAGAUGCCCUCGCAAAGGCUUCACUGGAGAGCGUGAGGAAACAAAUACAUGAAGGGAAGUCUCUAUCAGCCAAGGAGAAGACUGGGUCAUUUGGUCUGAUAAUUGAUGGCAGGUCCCUAAACUUUGCUCUCAAGAAAGAUUUGGAGGACUCCUUUCUCGACCUUGCUGUUAAGUGUGCUUCUGUUAUAUGCUGUCGGUCUUCGCCCAAACAGAAAGCUCUUGUCACGAGAAUGGUAAAGGUGAAAAUUGGUAGAACAACAUUAUCAAUUGGAGAUGGUGCAAAUGAUGUCAGCAUGCUUCAAGAAGCUGAUAUAGGAGUCGGGAUUAGCGGCGUGGAAGGAAUGCAGGCAGUCAUGGCGAGUGAUUUUGCGAUAGCCCAAUUCCGAUUUCUUGAGCGUCUUCUUCUGGUCCAUGGUCAUUGGUGUUACAGGCGAAUAUCUAUGAUGAUUUGCUAUUUCUUCUACAAGAACAUUACAUUUGGGUUCACUCUGUUCUGGUUUGAGGCCUACGCUUCAUUCUCCGGCCAGCCUGCUUACAACGACUGGUACAUGUCCUUCUAUAAUGUAUUCUUCACUUCACUCCCUGUUAUCGCUCUUGGAGUUUUCGAUCAGGACGUUUCUGCCCGACUGUGCCUAAAGUAUCCUUUGCUAUACCAGGAGGGAAUGCAAAACGUCCUCUUCAACUGGCCCCGGAUUCUCGGGUGGAUGUCCAAUGGUGUUGGAAGCUCCAUCAUCAUCUUCUUCUGCACAACCAACGCAAUCAUUGGGCAGGCGUUCCGGCCUGAAGGGCAGUUGGCUGACUAUGAGAUCCUCGGGGUCACGAUGUACACCUGCGUAGUCUGGGCAGUGAACUGCCAGAUGGCCCUCUCCAUAAACUACUUCACCUGGAUCCAGCAUGUUUUCAUCUGGGGAAGCAUCGUUUUCUGGUACCUUUUUUUGGUAGUGUAUGGCUUCCUCACCCCGACCAUAUCGACGACCGCUUACAUGGUCUUCGUGGAGGCCUGUGCCCCCAGCUUGCUCUACUGGCUCUCAACCCUCCUGGUGGUCGUCUCCACCCUGUUGCCUUAUUUCUCCUACCGGGCCUUCCAGACUCGUUUCCAUCCCAUGCCCCAUGAUAUUAUACAGAGGAAGAGGUCAGAGGAUUCCAACAACGACAACGAGAACUCAGGGGAGUUGCCUGUGCGGGUCAAAAACAAGCUCAAGCAUCUGAAGGAAAACUUGGGACAUAAGAAAUCGGGAUAAUUUGCCGGAGCCUGUGUACAUUAACCGUGUAAAAGCUUAUUGAGUAAUGCAUGAACUAGGCAUUGGUUUUUAAAUGUACGUGCUUCUCUCGGGCCUCGGAGAAGAAGCGGGGUUAUAUACUCUGCUUCUAUAAUGUGUCCAGAGGUUUCGGCCUAGUUCGGUGAUAUGAUGUUGAUAUACAAAAUGCUGGCUUCUCUUACUAAUUUCUACCUCUCAUUAUGGAGCUCGUGUAGUGUUGGAAUAUGGAGCAGGGUCACGGUUUCUCGGAUCGACAAUCCUCUCUAGAGAGAGAAAUUAUAGUGGUAAGGAUGGACGCUAUCGGAUCCCAUUUGGUA